ACGAAUAAUUUUCUUGAAUCUUGGAACUCUUAGGUCAUGUUUUUCAUUUUUCAAUUUCAUUUCGUAUAAAAAUUCGCGAAAAUAGAAGUGUAAUGGAAUAGACUUGUUAUAAUUUUUUAGUGGUUCAAUAAGAGUGAGUGUGAGCUAAUAGUCAAACUUAAAUGUGACGGAAUUUUUAAUGAAACUAACUGUUUGUCUUGUUGGAAAGGUUUUAUUUGAAUAAAAAUAAAGUGCGCUUUGCCUAUUAGGCAAACCGCUUUCAAGUGCCCUAAUGGAGUACUGUCCACCGAACGUGACCUUGUGGGAAGUAUGGAUAGAUCAUGGGAUAUCACAAUGUUUUAUGGAGACAGUUUCUGCUGGAUUGAUUGGUGGAUUUCUAGUUGUUUGUGGACUACUGCAAAUUAUUAUGUAUAAAAGAUAUGCAACAGAAGUAGUAGAUGUUAGGUCAUCAAACUUAUUUUUGGUGCAGUUGUUUUUUACACUGUUUGUACCUGUAUUGGCUGUUGUAAGGUUCCUAUUGCAGGCCUUUGUAUUUAAAGGAGGACACAUCUAUGGAUAUAUGAUAUUAGCUUUAGUGGUGAACAUUAUUGUGUUUCCACUGUCAGCGUAUUUGGCUGUGAUUGAGAGGCGGUACUUGUUGCCGUCUGUGCCCCCGAGGGGCCACGGCUUUGUGCUGCUCGUGUUUUGGGCGUUGAUCUUUAUAUCGGAAAAUUUAUCGUUCUUAAAUCUCAAUAAGGAAGGAUGGUGGUGGCAUCUGAAAGAUCUCCAAGAUCGUCUGGAAAUGUCCCUAUUCGUGGGACGAUACGUUUCUUGCAUGAUAAUGUUUAUUCUCGGCAUGAAGGCGCCGGGCAUCAUGCACCAGUUUGAAUACCUUCUUCCUGAUGAAGGAAAUCGUCGGAAUAUUCCUCCGAGGGAUGACAACAGAUCGACAUUUCGGAAUGUAUUUGUCAAGCUACGAGCGCUUCUGCCAUUCCUCUGGCCGAAGAAAAGUCUAUGCCUACAGAUUUACGUUUUCAUUUGCAUCCUGGCACUGGUCGCUGGACGUGUGAUAAAUCUGUAUGUGCCUAUAUAUAACAAAAUGAUAGUUGACAGUUUGUCAAUACCUCCAUUGCUGUUCCGGUGGGAUCUGGUCGUUAUUUAUGUAUUCUUCAAGUUCCUGCAAGGCGGCGGUACGGGCGGCAUGGGUCUGUUGAACAAUUUGCGCUCCUUCCUAUGGAUCAGAGUCCAGCAGUAUACUACUAGGGAGUUACAGCUAGAGCUAUUCCGGCAUUUGCACGACUUGCCUCUUAAAUGGCAUCUGUCGAGGAAGACUGGAGAAGUUCUGAGAGUAAUGGACCGCGGCACAGAUUCCAUAGACAAUCUUCUGUCAUACAUACUGUUCUCUAUAACGCCGACGAUCAUAGACAUUAUUGUAGCGGUGGUGUACUUCAUUACUGCGUUCAAUGUUUGGUUUGGACUCAUCGUGUUCUCUACUAUGGUGCUUUAUAUAAUCGCGACAAUAGCAGUGACAGAAUGGCGAACAAAGUUCCAGCGCCGAAUGAAUCUGGCGGACAACGAACAAAAGGCGCGUUCUGUCGACUCCCUCCUCAACUAUGAGACCGUCAAAUACUACGGCGCGGAGAGUUACGAAGUGUACGCUUACAAGGACGCCAUUUUGAAUUUCCAGAAAGAAGAGUUUAAAUCCCUUAUCACCCUCAACAUGCUCAACACAAUGCAGAAUAUUAUAAUCUGUGUCGGUCUCAUGGCGGGUUCCCUCCUGGCUAUCUCGAUGGUGGUCCGGACAUACGAGUUGACAGUCGGUGACUACGUGCUGUUUGCGUCCUAUAUCGUUCAGCUGUAUGUCCCGCUCAAUUGGUUCGGCACUUAUUAUAGGGCUAUACAAAAGAACUUUGUAGACAUGGAGAACAUGUUCGACCUUAUGCGGGUAGACUCGGACGUGUGUGACGCGCCCGGCGCGCCGGAGCUACUGGUGGGGCGGGGCGGGGUCGAGUUCAAGCACGUGUCGUUCGGCUACGGGCCCGAGAGACUGGUGCUGAACAACGUCAGCUUCAGGGUGGCUCCCGGCUCCACUGUUGCCUUGGUCGGACCGAGCGGGGCGGGAAAAUCCACAAUAGUGCGGCUAUUGUUCAGAUUCUACGACGUGAACGAGGGCGCCGUACUCGUGGACGGGCAGAACGUGCGUACCGUAACGCAGGCGUCGCUGCGCGCCAGCAUCGGAGUGGUGCCGCAGGACACCGUGCUCUUCAACAACACCGUCAGAUACAACAUACAAUAUGGCAGACAGAGUGCAACCUCAGCGGAUAUCAUUUCGGCGGCAAAGAAUGCGGACAUCCACGACAGAAUACUGACAUUCCCAGAUGCGUAUGACACUCAGGUUGGUGAAAGAGGUCUCCGUCUCAGUGGUGGCGAAAAGCAGAGGAUAGCGAUAGCGCGAACUUUACUCAAAGACCCCGCUAUAGUUCUACUAGAUGAAGCCACUUCUGCACUUGAUACCAACACCGAGAGGAAUAUUCAGGCCGCAUUAGCGCGUGUAUGUGUGAACAGGACAACGCUAAUAAUAGCUCACAGACUGUCGACCGUCAUACACGCCGAUGAGAUUCUGGUACUCAAGGACGGGGAAAUCAUUGAGAGAGGAAAUCACGAAGACUUGUUAACACAAGCCGGUUUCUACGCGUCAAUGUGGCAACAACAGUUGGAGAACAGAAACAGUGCGACAAACGAGAACAGUGCUGAAGGCAACAACAACAACAAUGCGAGAACGUCGAGCCAACAAAAUGGCGUCGGCGCUUAUGGUCACGGCCACGGUCAUGGUCAUGGCCAUGGUCAUUGAUUUGAUUAAUACGCCACUUAAAAUGGCUACGAUAUGAACAGAGCCAGUAAUCAUGUGUAUGCCAUUUAUUAGUCAUUGUAAAUAAAUAAAUUCGUGGUGCAUUGGCAACAAAUGUUUAAACAAAACAUUAAAUAGCUGAAUAGAUAGCACAGCUUUCUGGUAUAGUGCAACAUAAAAGAGUAGAAAAUAAUAGGCUAGUUGACGCUUUUUUUUAAUGAUAUUAUACAGUUCAUUAUCAGUCUACUAGACUGAAAUUUAUUUUCCAUAUAUUUUUUCAUGAAAAUUUUAGUUUUUAAAUAUGGUUUUGACAAUACGAGCCAAAACGCAUGUCGGUCAUGACAGUCUAUAUUUCAGCUGUUUCAUGACGUCACUACAAUAAAUCCCAUACAAAUGGAGCGUUUGACAAACAUAUUAGUUAACAAUUAGUCCGACGUUUAGUACAUCAAGUGUGUUAGUGACGUCACAACAUGGACAACAGCGUUUUUGACGUUUGGAAAAUUUGAAAAAGCACGUGUUACUUAAAUUAAAUUUUAAAAGAAAUCCUUAACUUUUAUUGAUAGAUAUUUCGGAUCCCUAUUCCGUGUACUAUACGAAAUUAAUAUUGUUUAUAUUAAAUUUGAUAUGAGUCAACUACCCUAUUGAGGGCGCUGUAGUCACUUAUUGUAGUUCAUACGGUAACCCUGUGUUCUGACAUCCAGUUGGACUGCAACUACCUUGAUACUUGAUAAUAAUUGAUAUUUUAUAUUCUAUACCUAGAUCACAUUAUCUUCUUAUUUUAAAUAAGAUGGUCUGAUGAAAAUUAUAUUACUAUCUAAUAUAAAUAAAAUAAUCUAUACUAAUAUUAUAGGGCUGAAUAGUUUGUUUGUUUGUUUGCUUGAACAUGCUAAUCUCAGAAACUACUGGUCCGAUUUCUAAAAUUCUUCCAGUGACAGAUAGCCCAUUUAUCGAGGAAGGCUAUAUGCCUACGAGCGGCGUCAGCUAAUAAAAUAUAUUUAAUUAUAAAUAAAUAGAUUUACUUAAAUCACUAUCUAGCCUGAAGUAAGUACUAAGAUAGCUGAUUUCAUGAUAUACAUUUAUACAUUUAAAACAAAGAACUAACAUCUUACAUCAAUAAUAUUCAUUGUAAUGCGUCUCGUAAUUAUCCAAAUUUCCGAUAUGAUUUUAGUAAUUACAUACAAUUAUCAAUAAUAAUUGAUCGCUCUAUAGUGACAGAUCUUUGUAAUAAUGACAGUAAAUGUGGUGUUCCCACACAGCGAGUUUAUUAAUUUCUACUCUUUUAUGUUGCAUUAUACUGUGAUAUGCCUUUAUUUACAUUUAUAGUUCCUGUAUAUAAUUUUUCACUCCUAGGCCUAUAGUAGACUUUAUAUUGUCUUGCUCGUUUUUUUACAGUAUAUGUCAUAACAAAUAGCGAAAGUCUUUUACAUACGUUGUUCAUACAGUCGUUCACGACGUUAUUAUUUUUUUCUUUACGAGUUAGCCCUUGACUACAGUUUCACCUGAUGGUACAUGAUGAUGCGACUUAAGAUGAAAGCGGGCUAACUUGUUAGGAGGAGGAUAAAAAUCCACAUCCCGUUCGGUUUCUACACGAUAUAGUACCGGAACGCUAAAACGUUUGGCGGUACGUCAUUGCCGGUAGGGUGGUAACUAGUUACGGCCGAAGCCUCCCACCAACAAGACCUGGACCAAUUAAGAGAACCUCAAUCAGCCCAGCCGGGGAUCGAACCCAGGACUUCCAUCUUGUAAAUCUACUGAGCAUACCACUGCGGCACGGAGACCGUCAAAAAAAACGUAUACCGUGUGAAUAUUCACUCAAUGUAUGUGAGUAGAAUACAAUGCAUUAUGACCUUUCGAUACACCGUGCGUGAUUAUGCUCAAUGCAAAGUUUUAGGUAUCAGCGGGAACGUAGCGACGCAGCGGGUGUGCAUCACCCCGCGCGCGUCACUUUCCCAAUCAACUUCGCUUCACGCAUCUUGAUUCUAACGAACUUUAUGAUGUACCACCUGUCUAUAGCGACACCCCACAGGUAUAUUCCGCGCCACGAAACAAGUCCCGUUGAUGCGGCGCUAAUGUCUUAAUGGCGCCCAUUGUCAUUUGGUAAUGGCAGUCGUAUUGUCAUUUCUGUAAGGUGCUGUCAAUUUUAGUUCAGGUUUUAGCCGUGGGACUUCUUACGUGGCGCGGAGUCUAGUUUCUGAGACGUCAAAUGUUUGCAAUGUUGUAUUCCUCACUAAGUUGCUUGAACUUUAAAUUCGAUAUUGAGGGACGUAUAGGUAUAAUACGGGUCUUAAAGUCGAACAAAGCUAGGUUUCGCAUGAGGUUUUUUUUUUAUUUUUCUGGUUAAUAUAGUGUGCAGCUAUUUAGGGCAAGACAAACUUAUGACUUACCAAUUUAUUAUUCUUAUGAUCUUGCGAUAUGGUGUGAUUGGUUAAUUUCUCAUUUCACAUUUCAUUUGUUUUCAUAAAUUCGUUUGAACUUUUUGAUAAAACUAUUUGUUAUUUGUGAAAAGUUGUCCAAUAAUUUGUGAACUGUCGGACGAAAUAAAAAUUGGACCAAUCGCAAUUAAAACGAUUUUUGAAUUCAAACUGAAUAUAUAUGUAUAAUAUGUAUAAAGUAGGUAUUUAUAUAAAUUUGGGGUGCUAAUAUUGGAAUCUGGUUGGAACAAAAUCACAGACAUACUUUAUUGUGAGGAUUUGGUAUUUGGAUUUUUUUAUAUAUAUAUUUAGGAAAUAUCUUGCAUCACUAUAAAUAAAUACGUUAAAGCCUAGUCUACACUGUGAGUGAUCACUAACCAUACAUUUUGUAAAUAAAAUAAAUUGAUGUAGUAAUUAUUACAUUUUAAAACAUGUUAAAUUAAGGCCAUUUUGCUUUACAAUUACGAGCGUCCAAUACAUUUUGUCUCUCUUAUAGAGAUCAAAAUGUAGUGUAUACGUAAUUAAUAUUCACAUCUUAUUCCUAGUAAAAUAGAAAAUGCAUAUAGCUUACUAUUGUGAUAUUUUCUGACAUUAAUAAAAUGCAAUGCAAUAAAUUAUCACAAGAUAAUAUAGUAUGAGCCAAUCUUCUUGUUCAUUCUGGCAUUUCCCGCUGGAAUAUGUUUUUGUACACUGCGCAUAUUAUAACCCCGCUGGGAUAUGUUUUUGUACACUGCGCAUAUCAUAACCCUUGCUGGGAUAUGUUUUUGUACACUGCACAUAUCAUAACCCCGCUGGGAUAUGUUUUUGUACACUGCGCAUAUCAUAACCCUUGCUGGGAUAUGUUUUUGUACACUGCACAUAUCAUAACCCCGCUGGGAUAUGUUUUUGUACACUGGACAUAUCAUAACCCCGCUGGGAUAUGUUUUGUACACUGCACAUGUUAUAGCCCCGCUGGCGUAUGUUUUUGUACACUGCGCCAUUAUAACCCCGCUGGGAUAUGUUUUUGUACACUGCACAUAAUAUAACCCCGUUGGCACAUGCUUUUGUACACUGCACAUAUGAUAAACCCACUGGGAUAUGUUUUUGUACACUGCACAUAUUAUAAACCCGCUGGGAUAUAUUAUGUUUUUGUACACUGCGCUAUUAUAACCCCGCUGGGAUAUGUUUUUGUACACUGCACAUAAUAUAACCCCGUUGGCACAUGCUUUUGUACACUGCACAUAUGAUAAACCCACUGGGAUAUGUUUUUGUACACUGCACAUAUUAUAAACCCGCUGGGAUAUGUUACGUUUUUGUACACUGUGCUGUUAUAACCCCGCUGGGAUAUGUUUUGUACACUGCACAUGUUAUAGCCCCGCUGGGAUAUGUUUUUGUACAUUGCGCAAGUUCUCAUGUUCAGAGGGGACUAGAAUAUUGGCGCAUACUGUACACUUGUGUACAAUCCUAACUGUAAGCUAAAAGUCGCCACAUAGAACAAAACGAGUUAUAAUAUAAUUAUUCUAUUGCAAAGCAAUUAUCCAUUGAGAGUGUUUUGUCAGAUCUAUUAGGCAUAACCGUUGUGUCCCACAGAUUUGUCAGAUUUACGUUGAAAAUAGCAAAAUAAUUUGGUUCUUAUUUCAUAAAUAGUCUUAAAAUAUUAUAAAAAAAAAUUGGCCUCCCGCUGUCUUACGCUUAGAUCUUUUAAACUACGUAACGGAGCAUCAUUGGAUAGAGAGUGAUUUAAGAGGAAGAUUUAUACAAUUACAUUGUUUUCUACGCGGACGUCGAGUCAUGGGCCACCAUUUUUACCUUGGGUAGGUACAAACAAAUUUAAAAAAUCAAAAAAAUAUUCUUCCGCAAUACAGGCUCGUAACUAAUCCUCAGGGUAAUCAGUGAGUUUUAUAAUCUAAGCAGUACUGACGACUGCCGCUAAUGUGCAAUAAAAUGAAAAAAAUAUGAAAUACCAUCGAUGUAAUAUCUAAUUAUCCGUAUUUGUUGUAACUACUAUGAAAUCGAAUAUUUAUAAUUAUAACAUGUUGUACAGAAUUUUGUAAACCAAUCAGUCCAUCAUUUUUAACAGUUUGCGUUGUGGUUGUUACCAUAUAGUACCUAUUAGUAUUAUAAUUUUUGUGACGGAAAAUGAUUUUUAGUAUAUAAUUUCAAUGAUUAUUAAAUGUUUUUUUUAGACGGUUC